AUGUCUUCGACCAGCUCCUCGCCGACGCUGCCAGGCAACAGUCCGGCUCUCGUCAUGGGACAUAAGGACGAGGAGGCUGGAUUGAUCUCUCUGGACAACUUGCAGCCCUUGGACAAGACGGCGGCACAGUUCAGCGAAAAGCCAAUGUGGCUCGACGAGACCGGAGCCGAGACAACACCACACAUUCCAAUCAGACAGGCGUUGGUCGAUUAUUCAUGCGUCUUCCUCAACGUGGCUUCGACCAUUGCUAUCGUCUUCGUCAACAAGAUCGUGCUGAGUGACGAACAGCUUCGACAUUGCCAGAUAUCAAUUGCGGCGUACCACUUCUUCAUCUCAUUUGUGGUGCUCUAUGUCGCUGGGCGACUGCUGAAGAUGUUUCCGGUGGUCUUCCUGCCGUUCAAGCAAGUCUUCUCGGUUGCAGCAUUCUUUGCAGGGUUCUUAAUCCUGGGAAAUCUCUCCCUCACAUUCAACAGCGUGAGCUUCUACCAACUGGCUAAAAUUAUGACGACUCCGACGGUGGUCUUGCUCAACUACGUCCUCCUGGGCAAGACUGUCUCCGCGGCGACCUUGAUAUCAAUUGCAACUUUGUGCUUUGGGGUUGGCCUCAUCACAUCAGCCUCCAUCUUUUCGAAUGUCUUGGGCACCUGCAUUGCCGUAGCGGCGUUCACCAUCACGGCACUCUAUCAGAUCUGGAUCGGGAAGAAGUUGGUCGACCUCAAGGUCUCUCCGCCACAACUCUUGCUCAAUCAAGCACCCGUUGCUUGCGGUCUACUGUUACUACUUUGCGGCUUUGUCGACAAGGCUCCAGUUGUCCAAGAACUGAACAUGCGCAGCAUCAACGCCUUGGUUGUGUCGGGCUUCAUUGCGGCACUACUCAACGUCUCUCAAUUCCUGGUCAUUGGGCGCACAUCAGCAUUGACAUUCAACGUCAUCAGUCAGUUGAAAACACUGGCCAUUGUUGGCCUAAGUUGGUAUCAUGAGAAUCGCGCUUUGUCCAUGGUCGAUCUGAUCGGCGUGGUAAUGACUCUGGGAAGUGCAUAUGCUUAUGCUACCGUUUCCAAAAAGUGA